AUGCCCUCGGGAGCGGGAGUAACGGGCGGAAUGCCCUCGGGAGCGGGAUUAACGGGCGGAAUGCCCUCGCGAGCGGGAUUAACGGGCGGAAUGCCCUCGGGAGCGGGAUUGACGGGCGGAAUGCCCUCGGGAGCGGGAUUGACGGGCGGAAUGCCCUCGGGAGCGGGAUUGACGGGCGGAAUGCCCUCGGGAGCCGGAUUGACGGGCGGAAUGCCCUCAGGAGCCGGAUUGACGGGCGAAAGGCCCUCGGGAGCCGGAUUGAUGGGCGGAAUGCCCUCGGGAGCGGGAUUGACGGGCGGCGCGUUCGUCGCGCUGGUCGGCGCGGACGUCCCGUUUGUCGGCGCGGUCGUCGCGCUGGUCGGCGCGGACGUCCUGCUGGUCGGCGCGUUCGUCGCGCUGGUCGGCGCGGACAACCCGCUGGUCGGCGCGUUCGUCGCGCUGGCCUGCCUGCCUGCCUGCCUGCCUGCCUGCCUGCCUGCCUGCCUGCCUGCCUGCCUGCCUGCCUGCCUGCCUGCCUGCCUGCCUGCCUGCCUGCCUGCCUGCCUGCCUGCCUGCCUGCCUGCCUGCCUGCCUGCUUGCUUGCUUGGCCGCCUUGCUCUCAUCGCCCUGGCCCUCCCCUGCUCUCCUCCCCCUCUUCCCCCCGCCCCUGUCACCAGCACACUGCUUAACGGCACUCGAAUCACCCUUUCCCGCACGCCCACGUACUACCGGCUGUCCAUCAACGUGUUUGUUACGCAGCAGCGCAUCCAGCAGUACAACCACGAGAUGGACGCCGCAUGGAAGCACCAGCAGUACAACCACGAGAUGGACGCCGCAUGGAAGGCCCGUGCUUGCUGCUUUCCUCCCUCCCAUCCCAUGCUGCCUUCCUUUUGUCGUAUCUGCCUUCCAUACCUGGUCUGCAAUGCCCUCCUUUCCCUCCCUCCACGCCCCUUCUUCCCCCCUCCUCCUCCUCCAUGCCUCAGCUGCUCUUCUUUUCUCUCUGCACCUUCCCCCUUUCCCUCCCCCAGAGACUCUGCGCUGUGCGCAGCAUACCUUGAAUCAAGGCUGAAGGAAAGCAACAUCACGGAGUAUCGGCACCGUAUUCACCGCGCCAUCCUCACCCUCUCCUUCUACUGGUACCAGUACGGGCCAUUGACCCGCGGCACGGCCAUGGUGGGGUAUGUCACCAUGCUGGGGCUGUUCCUGGCAGCGGACAUGCAGGUCACAGCAAAUGCACCACGGGGAUUUCAGGUUGACUGGGAGGCUAUCCUCUCCCCGCACGUGGACUCCUUCAUAGCUGCUGUCUCUCCAUGGCUCGUUCCCUCCAUCGAUUAUGACUGCCCCAUCUUUCACAACCUCUCCUCAGCACCAAUUGCUGAGUCACUUCCGUCUCUCCAGCACGUGAUCCACGCUCUCAGCUACUCUGACAAACCUGCUCCUGCUUUUUGA